ACUGAAUGUCCCUACAGCCAACAAAAUGAAAAUCCCUAAAAUUAGCGGAAUAUGAUAACAGUAGCUGGUUGCUGUUAGACGAGUAUCAGACCACAUUAACUUCAUCAAUGAUAUUUUGAUGUUUUCCAAGUUAUUCCAAUUUUAUCUGGCUGUCUCAAAUGCAAAAUCAUGGAUUCAAAUAGAAAUACGUUUAAUGUAAUAAUGCUUCCUAGGAUCUACAGCAAGAUUGGAAGCUAGAUAUUCAUCAGAAACUGAAAAGCUGUCUGAAAAAAUGGUUGCUUUCAAACCCUGUUUCUUGACACAGACUAUUUUGGAACAGAAAUGACAACUGACCGUUCUUCAGUCUGACAUGCGAGAUUCUUUUGAGACGUGCUAAUGGGAAAGGACACAACCUCACCAAUGUCGUGAAUAGUGGGGAUCGAAUCAUCAAUGGAAAUGAUGCAAGCAUAAGCGACCACCCUUGGGCUGUAUACCUGUUAGCAGAUGACGGCAGCGGCUCUCAGUUUAGAUGCGGUGGAUCGAUUAUUUCCAGUGGCGCGGUUGUGACGGCGAAGCAUUGUGUUGAAGAUAUGACGGGGGGUGAGGGUUACUACGGGGAGGCUGUUAUGGACAAAUUCGAUAAAAGCUUCAAGUGGGACAGUGGAAGCGUUGAAAUGCAUCCCCAGAACAUAGAUGUGGCCGUGAUCAGACUGAAGGACAGGAUGGAUCUCAGCAAAGGAGCCAAACGGAUAUUAGUGGCCAAGGGAGGCACGGAACCACAGAAAGAAAUGCAAGUGUUUGGGUGGGGGAAAACUGAAGGCAAUAACCAGGAAGAGGAUCCGGACACAUUACAGUUUGCCGAGAUCUCAUGGCAAGAACCCAAGACCUGCAGAGCUAGGGAUUACGAGUUUUGUGCUUACGGGUCUUCUAGUGGCACUAUACGAGAUUCCUGUGUCGGAGACUCGGGAUCUGGCGUGGAGUGCACAUCCAGUAAUGGGGAGAAGUACUUAUGUGGAGUGGUAUCCAUGGGCCCAGGCCCCCCGAAUUGUGGAACAACACCUGGAAAAUACGUGAAAAUUGGCUACCCAAGUGUUUCAGAGUUCAUACUGAGUGAAAAUAGAUCUUUCGCUGUAGCCCUGAAUGCGCAGAUGGUCCUUGUGUUUCUGCUUUCUAUGAUUAAAACCGUUUUCUAGAUACUGUGCUGCUAUACCAGUUAUCACUCGCACUUUAUUGAGUUAUCGUUUCCGAGAUAGCAUCUUAAAUCAUACGCUGAUUGCAGAUUAAAUAAUGAAUCAAUUCUUUUCAAAAUUUUACAGUUCCUCGGAAAAUUAUAGAUUCUUACAAUCAAAAAGAAUGUUUAUUUUAGAGCUGUGGUUUGGCAGUAAAACACUUAUUACUCUUGCGAUAAGCAGGGGAAUUGCAAUCUGGUACUAGACUUU